AUGGCUUCCAAAAAAUUGUCUAUCUCCGCCCGGUCCAUCGCCUUUUCGAAUGCGUCGCGACUCGAUUUAUUGCCCGGCGGGGUUUCUAAAAAUAAACAACCACCGGUGAAGUGGGAAUUGGAAAAUGGGCCCAACUAUUGGGAUGAAGAAAUUCUAAUGGGAGGUAAUCCAAUAAAUGGAGGGAUUCUCUCUGUUGGAUUUGUGCCCGAUUUAAAAGUGGAUGUCAUCCCACUUCCAAGAUCAAAGACUGAGUUACACUGCUUCCGUUUCAGGUUCUCUCGACCCAGCUUGUAUCACAAUGUUCGGAAUCUUGUCAUGCCUGAGGAGACUGCCGUUGUAGGAGACGCAAAAGGCUCCUUUCUGUUCCGCCGCAGGGACCAAACCCAAAAUUACAGUGCUGAUCUGUUCUUCUUUGAUGCUGCUGCUCUAGUAUUUGCCAGGGACCAAAACAAGUCUGCUGAGUUGGGGGAAACUCGGUUCCAUGUGGCCGUGGCCGACGGCAUAAUUCCAUUUGGUCCUGAGCUCAGGAGCGUUUCAGUGUUUGAGGAUUUCUUUGCUCAAUCUUGGAUUUCGGGCGUAGUGGAAGGAGCAGAAGAAGGGUAUCCCAUGCUUGAUUGCGUCACUGUUUUACAACAGCUUAUAAAUCAGUUGGACUUGGGAAACCCAAAUUUAUACAUUGAGGUCAGGAAAGGUUGACAAUACUCUACACAAUUCAGAACAACCCUGGCUUGUCAUGAACUUUUGGGGGGUAACUACGAGUCCAUAAUCGUCAAGGGUUGUGGCAUACAACCUGGGGAUAGAUUCAUAUUCCUCCACUCAGACGCCGGAAGUGCACUGACUCGUGUUGACGAUGCUCGUCACAGUUUGGAAGCAUUGGAUGCUAAUCAAGAGGUGUUUAAAGGCUUGUUCUUCUCCAGCUACCAUCGCGACAGGUCCUUUUUCGGAGCCUCUCAUGUGGAUAUAACUCCCUUUACUGACUAGCUCAGUGGAGUCCCCAUGGCUGGUAUCUCCUGCACAAGAGAAAUUGGGCGUGGGGCGUUACUUGGUCCAGGACUAGGGUAUUGCGUCCAUGCACAUACCUGUGUGUACCUAGCUAUGUCUUAUGUUCCUCCAAUGUCCUACUAAGGUAUUCGGGGCUUGAGGGAGUC